UUGCAUAUUACGAAAGAAUCUCCCGUUUCCUAGUCCGUUGCCGUCUUUUAAAAAGUGUAAAAAGUUCGUUUUCAGUAAAGUUUUAAAAAUGUCGCGGUGGUCGGAGGAUAAGUCGCUGGUCUUCGUGCAGCACUAUGAGAAGUAUAGGUCCUUGUGGGAUCCAUCAUAUAAGGAUUACCGGAACCGGGACAUCCGGAACCAAGCCAUAAAGUUGUUAUCAACGGAUAUGGAAUGCUCCGGAAUAACGAUGACGACCGACGAUGUGAAGAAUCGUAUCAAAUCCAUCAGGACCACUUAUGCAGCAGAGAAAAGGAAGAUUGAGAAAUCGAAGAAGUCAGGCUCGUCGUCGGACGACAUAUAUCAGCCGUCAUGCAGUUGGUACGAGGUUGCUGACCGGUUCCUGCGAAAGUCAGCAACCAUCAGACCAGUGUUCGAAAAUCUGGAUUUGAAUUCUCAAAUUUCCUCGCCGAUGAUGAGUACCAGUUAUCAGGAUCAUAUUGAUUCUGGCCCAGAAGAAAAUGAGGGUAAUUGCAGCACACAAAAUCAAACAGGAUAUGUGUCGUCGAAAAUUAAUAAUAAGAAAAAGCGUAGACAGAAUCCAACCAUCGAAGCUGUGAACAAACUGGAGAAAAUUUAUGAAUCAAGUCGGACAGAUCUAACAGAGGACGAGUACGAUAUAUUCGGAAAAUACAUCGCCGCGAAUCUUCGAAAGCUGAGUGUGCUACGUGCCUUGGAUGCGCAGGAAAAGAUCAAUGCAAUACUAUUGAAUGCAAGAAAACUGGAACUAACAACGCCUUCAAGCAUGAACCAAACAACCAGAAGAAAGGAUAGAUUCUCUUUUGAUUGCAGCGGAGUACUGAACGAUCAUGCUGCACCUCUUUAUGAAACGCAACCGAGCACCCAGUCGAGCAUAGUAUUAAACGACCAUUCUGCUCCUCUUUAUGAAACGCAACCGAACACCCAGUCGAGCAAAGUAUUGACCGAUCAUGCUGUUGUUCUUUAUGGAACGCAACAGAACAUCCAGUCGAGCAAAGCAAUUCAGGAUCAUGCUGCUAUUUAUGGAACGCAAUCGAGCAAACCAGGUACAUCUGCAUGUACGCGUGUACAUAAAUCGAAUCUUUGCGGCUCGGCCAGUUCAAGAAGUACGCCACCAAACAUACUGACGCAACGUAAAAUAAGUACACCCGUAUUCGCGAGUACGAAAUCUUCACCUCGAACAGCUGUAUAUGGCGGAAAAACACUGGAUCAUAUUACUGGUCACGGCAACGUGCGUAAAAGCGAACAACCAAGUUAUCAAAACUCAUCCGAUAAACCAUCGUAUAGAAAGCAAACAGAUAUGGACCCGGUAAAAUUCGUUUACAAAGUAAAGGCAACAAAUGUCAACUCAAAGCAUGAAGUGAUUAAUUCAGUCGGCGAUAUAGUAGAAUUAAACGACGAUAUUCAGGAUAAUGAUGCUACUGAUUGGUUGGAUAAUUCAUUUGGCGCUGAGGAUUACGGUCUAGUGGACGAAAGCUCGAUGAUCAGCGAAGAUAUGUGUUGAUAAAAUGUG